AUGGGGGUCAUCACUCCGAGUGUCCAACCGCAGAACCUCGGAGAUGGGCGUGUGGAGGAAGAGAUAGAGGGGUUGAUCAGGGUGUACGAGGGAGGACGCGUCCAGAGGUUCCCGGUGGUGCGGGAGGUGCCGAGCAGCUGGGAGACGGAGCCCGGAGUGACGUCGGGGGACGCCGUGGUGGACGCCUCCACGCGCGUCUGGGCGAGAUUCUACGUGCCGAGCCACGCCGGGAGGCGACCCCUGCUCGUCUACUUCCACGGCGGGGGCUUCUGCCUCGGCUCGGCCUCGUGGGAGUCCUACCACAGGUUCUCGGCGAUGGUGGCGGCCCAGGCCUGCUGCGUCGUCAUGUCCGUGAACUACCGGGUCGCCCCCGAGGACCGCCUCCCCGCGGCCUACGACGACGCCGUCGCUGCCGUGCGAUGGGCGGUGCGGGCGGCAGACUGCGGAGCGGAGGACUCGGGUUGGUGGUGGCGCCACCGCUGCGACUUCUCCAGGGUGUUCCUCGGCGGGGACAGCGCCGGCGGCGCUGUGGCGUACCACGCUGCGGCACGGCUGAGCGGCCUCCCUUUGAAGGGCAUGAUCCUCAUCCAACCCUUCUUCGGCGGGGAGGAGAGGACGCCGUCCGAGAGGAGGAUGGGGCAGGUGGCCGGCUCGCCUCUCUCCCUGAAGGUCUCCGACACCUACUGGCGCCUGGCGCUGCCUGUCGGCGCGCGGCGGGACCAUCCAUGGUGCAACCCCGCGGCGGCCGGUGCCGGCGCCGGCGGGCAGGAAGUUUGCCGGCUCCCGCCUGUCCUCACCUUCGCUGCAGAGAUGGACAUACUGAGGGACAGGAUACUGGAGCUCUGCAAGGAGAUGAGGAGGGAGGGGCGGAGCGUUGACUUCGUCCUCCACGGGGGGGUGUCCCACGCCUUCCAGGUGCUCGACAGCUCCCUCAUCUCGCAGGACCGGACGCGGGACAUGAUCUCCCGCAUCAAGACCUUCGUCGACAAGCAUCAGUAG